AUGCAGAUUCAGGUCGCUGCCGUGCUCCUUGCCCUUCUCCCAACCUUUGGCUGGUCGUGCGCUGUUUACAGCUUCUGCAACUGCCAAAACGCCGACGGUAGCUUCCACGAAGCAGCGACAAAGGCAGUUUGCGCCCAAUUCGCCGGAAACUACGACAGAUUCAGCGACGGCAGACAUUACUGCUCUGCCAGAGUGGUCAACGCCGGUUCUGCCGGAGGAGUUGUCCUAGACUUCAACAACUGCCGCUUCUUGUCGGCCUGCCAGAAGCACGGUGCUAAUGGUGGCUCUAACUGCUGGGGAAAGGAGUAG